AAAUGCCAGAGCCCCACUGCAGCCUGAAUCGCCUCACUAAGCAUCUAUUUAUACCCCACCUGAGCUCCCGCUACCUUCACAUCUCAAGCCACAAGGCAAAUGCAGGAAAUACAACACACAAACACAGGCACACAUCUAUCUAUCGAUCGAUCAUGGUGAGGCUAAUGGAGAUCUCCAAGAAAUGGCACGGCAGUGCUAGCAGCAAGGUCACCUCCCCUACCGCCGCCGCUGGUGCAGCGGCCACGGUGGCGUCGUGCCCGCGGGGCCAUUUCGCGGCCUACACCCGGGACGGCAGCCGGUUCUUCGUUCCCAUCGGCUGCCUCACCAGCGACACCUUCCGGGAGCUCCUCAACAUGGCCGAGGAGGAGUUUGGCAAACCUGGCGACCGCCCCAUCGUGCUGCCGUGCUCCGUGGCCUGCCUUGAGCAGAUCCUCGCCGACUUCCGGGCCACCUCCAAGAAGCACAACGGUGGCGGCAGGGCCAAGAUUUGGUAGAAGAAAUCCUGAUUCGAUUAAUUAAUUCCGCCGUUGAUCAUUGUUAAUUAGUGAGACCGAUCCAUCGAUGAUCAAUGGUCCCUUAAUUUUGGGAGCGUAGUUCCAUCAUGUCGAUUUUUUUUCCUUCCCUCCCGGCAAUGGUUUGUACUGUAUAUGCCAAUGCUCGUGUUUUCAGGAGGGUUGUUGUGGUUGUAAGUUGACAUGACGUAAGCAUCUAGCUAGCCAGCUAUCCAUCCUUUUUCUUAUUCUUUAUUUAAUUCCUCUCUUUUUUGUGUCUAUUGUUGAAAAUAUGUUCUAGAGACAAUCAUGCGGUUAUGUUAUUUCGUUAUGUAUUCGUGAGUUAUUUGUAUUAUCGUUGAACAUCAUCAUUGAUAUGUAUUAAUAAGUAUGUGGCUUGUUUAUGAUACUGG